AUGGAUUCUUUAAGAGGCCAAGGUGGGAUUCAAAUGCUUUUAACUGCUGAACAAGAAGCUGGUCGGAUCGUUUCGGCUGCUAGGACCGCAAAACUAGCAAGAAUGAAGCAAGCGAAAGACGAGGCUGAGAAAGAGAUGGAAGAGUACCGAUCCCGUCUAGAAGAAGAGUACCAGACACAAGUUUCUGGGGCGGAUCAAGAAGCAGCUGCAAAACGACUAGACGAGGAGACAGAAGUCAGGAUUCAGAACCUUAAGGAUUCUGGUUCAAAGGUCUCCAAGGAGAUUGUCAAGAUGCUCAUCAAGUAUGUUACCACUACUGGAGCAUGA